AUGCAUGAUAACAACAUGGUAACCAACAUCCACGGGGUGGUGUUGCCAUCACUGCAACCGACGCUUAAUAUGAAAACAACCCCGACUUCCAUCUUUAAAAAAUCGUUCGAGGCACUGGCCAAAGUAUCGACACCUGAAAAUGACGAAGAUGUUGAUGACGAUGACGACGACGAUGACGAUGAUUUUGAUAUAUGCGACGAAAAUUCGUUCAACGCCAUAAGAAAUACAUCGGCUUCAAACCGAAUUGGUCACUUCUACGAUCCUUCUCCUCCUCAUCAUCAUCAUCACCCUCAUCUCAGUAAUGUUACCACACCAGAUAUUAACCAGUGUUCGGCUAUCACUGCAAUCGGUUCCGGACUGGGAAUGAUCGGUCCGAGCCUGGGAUCAUUCGUUGGUGAAGACGACUUCAGCGAUCACGACUCUCAUUAUUCGGCUGACUUCGAAGAGGAUGACGAGUACACAGUACAAUUUCCGUCGUUAAUCGCAAGUUUGCCGCGUCGGUCGCAGUCCCCGGACGUCACCAAACAACUUUUGGAUUUUGCUGAGAUGAUUAACGCCGACAUAAAGAAGUUUUUCGGGCAAAAACCAGGUGAAGAGGAUUCAUGCGAUAUUUAUGAAGACAAAUGGAUUUCUAGUAAAUCUGGCCGUGAAUUGUAUUACGCAGAUCUGCUGCGAAUAGCUCACGGAGAAAGCAUCGAAACCAAAUGCAAAUCCACAAAGGAUAAAGUUUCGAGCUCGGCGUACACAGUCACGCCUUCGACAUCGUCAGAACAGGCAGCAUUCACUGCCGAUAACAAAGAUAAGUUUAGCGGCAGGCUGAACAAGGCGUUAGGUCUUGGCCCACUGAAUGAAUUAUUUGAGUAUGGACUGCGUGGUUUCCUGUCGGGUGGGGUCUCUUUUACACUCACUCGCUCUAUCUAUCUAUCUAUCUAUCUAUCUAAAUCCAGAGUUGAAUAA